AUGGGUUCUUUCAAAGUUUAUGUGUCGAUGUUUGUGUUGAUCGCUAUGCUCAAAAGUUCCAGCAGUUCUAGAUACAGCAGCCGAUACGGCAGUCGAUCAAGAUACAAUUAUCAACCCUCACUUUCACAAUGUCUGAGUGAUUUAGAAAGAACAUUAUGUCCAAAAGCGAAUCCUUGUAAAAAUGGUGGAACAGAACAGUCUGAUGGAACAUGUGUUUGUACAGAUAAAUUUACUGGUACUACUUGUGAAGAAAAAGUGAAUCCUUGUAAAAAUGGUGGAAUCGAUCUGCCUAAUGUUGGAUGUAUUUGUACAGCUGAUUUUACUGGUCCUACUUGUGAAGAAAGAGUGAAUCCUUGUCAAAAUAAUGGAACACUACUGUCUGAUGGAUCAUGUAAUUGUACAGUGGAUUUUACUGGUACUCUUUGUGAAGAAAUAGUGAAUCCUUGUCAAAAUAAUGGAACACUACUGGCUGAUGGAUCAUGUAAUUGUACAGUUGCAUUUGGUGGUACCUUUUGUGAAAUAGUGAAUCCUUGUCAAAAUAAUGGAACACUACUGGCUGAUGGAUCAUGUAAUUGUACAGAAUCUUUUGGUGAUACUUUUUGUGGGCAAUUACGAUGUGAAAGCGAUCCAACUGAACCCAAUUUUUGCGCACCUGAGUGUGAUCCAGAGUACCUGGUUUUCGGUUUUUGUGAUGGAGAUGAUAUAUGUUGUUUGUAGCCUUAAGUGGAGAAGCUACGGAUGUCAGAAAGAAAACAAUGAAAAAUAUACAACUG